AAAGGGAAAGGGAAAGGGAGGGAAAAAGUCGUAGUUGUAAUAAUAAAAAUUAUAUAAGAGAAAAAGCGAAAGAGGAGGAGAAGGAAGAAGAAGAAGAAGAAGAAGAUGUAAUAGUAGUAAGUAAGAAAGACGAAAGAGAAGAGAAAAGUGAGAAAUAAGAUGGGGAGUCUAAUGUACCAAGUGAUAUCCUCGGUAGCACUGUUGACGCUGGGAGUGUACCACCUGGUAAACAGCACCCGCAUGUACCUGAAAACGCCACACACGUACGUGGCCAAACCCUUCCACCCAUUCCCAUUCUACCCUCGCCGCCUCCCGCUCUACCUCGCCCUCCUCUUCCUCACCCUCGCCAUCGCCCACCACCUCCUCCUCUCCGCCGACGCCGACCCCCUCGUCAAGGGCGCCACCCCCGUCCACCGCCUCUCCUCCCUCCAGGCCGCCGCCAACCUCUUCCUCUUCCUCAUCCUCGCCCUCUCCCUCCUCCUCUCCGACGCCUCCCCCUCCCUUCUCCCUCUCCCCUCCGACCUCUCCUUCGCCCUCGCCGCCGCCCUCUUCCUCCUCCACGCCUCCCGCGCCUCCGCCCGCGCCGCCCUCCAGACCUCCGCCAUCGAAUCCCACUGCCUAACCAUCGACGGCCGCCUCUCCUCCCUCUCCGCCCUCCUCUCCCUCCUCCUCGCCGCCCUCCCCCGCCUCUUCCCCGCCGACGCCGCCCUCGCCGCCGCCUUCUGCCUCCGCGGCCUCUGGGCCCUCCAGACCGGCCUCUCCCUCUACGCCGACGCCUUCAUCCCCGACGGCUGCCACCGCCUCCUCGACGUCGCCAGCGGCGUCGAGGGAUCCACGCAGUGCGAUCUCGACGACUCCAAGCUCCGCGCCGUCGCGAUCCUCGAUCUCGCGUUUCUCGUCCACGCGAUCUUCGUUCUUCUCCUCGUGCUGCUUAUAUACGCUCUCGUUGCCAGAAGCGUUGGGGUCAGGAGGCUCGGAUCCUAUGAGCCGCUCCCCACCGUGGCUUCUCCUGCGGACCCAAACCACACUCAUAUUCAGAUGAAGGCUUUGACCGGCACCCAGGCUUGAAUCUUUUCACCUCAUUAGUUACUUCUUAUUUUCUUUAUUUAUUUUUCAUAUUUCUCGGCCAUUCUUAUCUGAUCAGAAUGUAGGGAACGACUCUGUGAAUACAACAUAGUAUUCCUGUUUUGCCACUCGGAUGAUUCGUUAUCUAGUUCAAUUUUGUUUUCUUUUUUUUUUUUUUAAUUUCCUAAAAGCCCUUUCGUUUUACCUUUUGGAAUCUAGUUUGGAGGGUGGGUAAAUGGAAAUGAUGAUCACUGUCGUCGAUUUCAUCUGAAAAUUGAGUGAUAAUGAAUGUAGGGUAGGUCAUAGGUGACUGCCUCGCCUUUAUGAAAAAGUGAAAGUCUUGUGUGUCUUGUGAGUGUGGACUUUAGUUUUUAUAUUAUUGAGAUGGUAUUGUCUCAAGAUCACAUAGCUUUGGAUACAAGUUAUUUGAAAGUUUCUCCAAUGGAAAAUAUUUUUAUUUUCGGUA